AUGGAACGAUUCGCGAUCCCAAUUGAUGAGAAGGACAAUCCUGCGGUAUGUGAACCUGGGGAUUAUCAGCUGCAUGAGGUUCUUCAGCAGCCGAGGAUGAUGGAAGAAAGUGAACGACACAUAAUAGAAGUGACAGCAAAAGAUUCGCUUCGGUCCAUGUACUGGAUCCCCUUCACGUGGGCGACGAGCAUCGCCCAUCAAGCCAGGGAGGAGAAUCGGAUCGAGGGCGACGGUGGGCUUCGGGACGUCGUCGAUUCCUUGACUGCUCUUCGUCGGACGUGUUCUCUCUGUCAGCACGUGGAAUAUAUCGAAGUCCCUUUCGUCUACUCCCAGGUGGUGACAGUUGCCACUUACAGUUUCUACGGUGCUCUGGCGAUGAGCAGCCAGUCCGUUGAAGGUGACAACAGCCAAGAAGAUGAAAUUAACUCCUACGUUCCCAUCACAUCCGUAUUCCUGUUAGUCCUUUAUGUCGGGUGGCUGAAAGUGGCCGAGUCUCUCAUCGAUCCAUACGGGGAAGAUGAUGCUGAUUUCGAGCUCAACUGGCUUCUUGACCGUCACAUCAAGGUCACACACGUGAUGGGCGAAGGGUUGAAUUUGGACUUCAAGGAAUACACAUGGAAGGAAAUGUUUCCUUGGCUCUACGACCCGGCAUUGGUGCCGAAUCCCGAAUUUCUCACCUUCGCAAACGUGAUGGACACUGACAAAAAUGCAAAGGUGAACCUGUUUGCAUAA